GGAAGUAUCAACAACCUGAAUCUACAACUUCAGCGAAACUUCACUGCGACCUGAAACACUAGUUUUUCGGAAGAUUUAAGCAAAGUUUGUUCCUGUGAGGAGUUAUCGGUCAUUAUGGAGGAAGUUAUUCGCGCUGCGCCGUGGGAGCGCUGUGUUUCUGUCCUUAAAAUCGGUGGCUAGUGGGGCUAUUUGCAGUAGCUAAGUUGGCUAACUUUAUGUCAGCUGACUCGUUUUGACAGCCAACCUUCUCCUAAUAUGCCCCCUAAUUCCUCCGCGCUCAGGCCUGUGGAUGUAGCCCCGCUGUGUGCUCGCUGGCCUUGACUCGUCCAGGUGCUUCUUAGUUUGUAGCACAUUAAAGGUGAACAUAGAUCUUGUCUCGCAAUGCCCCCACAGCUGCUCCCACCUGUCAACUAGCUGCCUCCCCCUCCUCUCCCCUCCUUCUCCCUCCCAUGGCUCACUGCGUCCCACCCGAGCCGAGCUCCAAGGCCCAGCCCACGGAAAGUGUCAGCGUGGACCAGAGCAUGAGGCCGGUGCUGUUUGAGAUCUUCGGUGAGAUCUGGACCGUCCAGUGCCGGCUCGGUCAGGGAGUCUCUGCCUCUGUUUACCAGGUGAGCUCCGGCAGAGCUGCCACUGCGGCCGUCAAGGAGUUCCAGGCCGAUUCCCAGGGAGGGGACUACGGCUACCACAAGGAGAGGGCUGUGCUGGAGGACAUCCAGGGACAUAAGAACAUUGUUACGCUGUACGGCGUAUUCACCAACCACAGCUGUGUUGGCGUCGCCACCCGCUGCCUCCUGCUGGAGCUCCUGGAUGUCAGCGUGUCGGAGCUGCUGGUGAGACGCAGCAGUGGUGUCAAGGGUGGGAGGUCCCAGAAGGGCCACUCCAUGUGGCUGGUGCAGCACUGUGCCAGAGACAUCCUGGAGGCUCUCGCCUUCCUCCACAGGGAAGGUUACGUCCACGCCGACCUCAAACCGCGCAACAUCCUGUGGAGCGCCGAUGACGAGUGCUUCAAGUUGAUCGACUUCGGCCUGAGCUUCAAGCAGGGAAACCAGGAUGUGAAGUACAUCCAGACAGACGGGUACCGAGCCCCUGAGGCGGAGCUCCAGAACAGUCUGGCCCAGGCAGGGAUGGAGGGAGACUCUGGCUGCACGGCUGCCAUCGACCUCUGGAGCCUGGGCGUCAUCCUGCUGGAGAUGUUCUCUGGAAUCAAGCUGAAGGACACGGUCCGCUCCCAGGAGUGGAAGGACAACAGCGUCGCCAUUGUCAACCACAUCUUUGCGAGUAACGGCGCCACGUGCCCCGCCAUCCCAGUUUACCACCUCAGAGACCUUAUUAAAAGCAUGUUACUCAACAAUCCAAAGCAGAGAUGCACCGCUGAAGCUGCCCUGCUGAGCCCCUUCUUCAGCAUCCCCUUCGCGCCACACAUCGAGGAUCUGGUUCUGCUGCCUUCACCGGUUCUGCGUCUGCUCAACUUGAUCGAUGACAGCCACCUGCACAACGAGGAAGAGUAUGAAGACAUACUAGAGGACAUGAAGGAGGAGUGCCAGAAGUACGGCUCUGUGGUUUCUCUGCUCAUUCCUAAGGAGAACCCUGGAAAAGGGCAGGUGUUUGUUGAGUACGCCAACUCCAGCGACUCCAAAGAAGCUCAGCGGCUGCUGACGGGGCGCACCUUCGACGGGCGCUUCGUGGUGGCCACCUUCUACCCGCUGAGCGCCUACAGAAGAGGUUACCUCUACCAGACGGUGCAGUGAAGAUCAUUUCAGACCACUGGGUGGGGGGGUGUUUCCAACCUCUUGAAGCUGAUCAUAAUGCCUCCUCUGUAGGAUUAUAAUAGUAAUUCUACUUAAACUGAGACUAUUUAACGUUGGAGACGACAUAUUUGCUGCUGAAAUUCUAGUCAUCUGUGUUCAGCUUUCCUGUGGUUUAGCAACCAGCUGCGACGCUUCCAGGCCGCGUGGCUGACGUUUCACUGAAGCACAAAGAGAGCCGACCGUCUGCUUAAAGCGUGUAUCCAUCAGCAGAGCGGCGAGGAGCCUGCAGAGGGAGGAGCAUGUUGAAAACGCUCCUUUGAAGUGUUUCUAUGUGUUUUCAGACGCUUUUUAUCAUCAAACUAUAAUCCUGAGAAGGAAGCAUGUCGCCUCUGUGGAGGCUGUUUAUUUCAGCUGUUUGAGGCCUGGUAGCAGGUGAUUCUGCUGCCCCCCUCUGGCUGCUUUGAGGAAGUGGCUCUUCCGUCAGGAUUAGCAGUAGAACAAGCCUGCUGCUGCUGCUGCUGCUGCUUAUCUUAGCAAACCACAGCCUGUUCUGUAGCUUCUCAUUGACUGUGCUUCCACUCAUGAAAGCAUGGCUUCAUGUUUUUAUUGUAGCUCUGAAUGAGAUUUCAGGUCCCUUCCUGAAUUGUUGCUUCCUCCACUGUCUGGGGAAAAGAAAGGCUUUGAUUUCUCUGUUUCUGAUGAGGAUGGAUAUAGAAAGUAGAGGAUUUUUUUUUAUUUUAUUCCCUCCUGUCUACCUUCUAUUCAUCCUUCUAUCCUACCUCCCCUUUCCUCCCUCAGUCACCUUUCUAUCCUUGCUACCUUCCUCCUGUCCUUCCUUUGUUUGUUUCCUCCUUAAAUCAGAUGCUGACCUAAACUAGAUAUUUCUAGAUUCAUUUUUAUCAGACUUUUUUGUUGGGAUUUGUUGUUUUUUUUUUGUGUUGAUGCUGCUCCAGUUCAGCUGAGUUUCUGUUGGUGGUUCAGGUUCAGGUUCUGCUGAAGCGGCUGUGAGGAGAAACCUGACUGAUGGUUUGGGUUUAACUGUCUGAGUCACAGCGCUGUUGAGUGGAAAACUAGAGUUUUGUUCUUGUUUUAGUGUUUAUUCACCUAGAUUAGUCUGGAUAAAAUGAAGCUGGGUAGCUUCUUUUUUUUUUUUUUUUUGCAGCGUUUUUGACUUCCUGAGUUCUUCAUGUUUCAGUUCUACUUUGUGAUAGGUUUCCAUGGUGACCACCAGCCUCUUUAACCUUUAAGCUGCUGCUUUGGCAACAGGAAAUAAAGUUUGUUUGUCCCUUUAACAGCACUACUGAAAAACUUCAGUUUCUAAUAGAAUUAAAUUGAAGAACUGAAAAAAAAAAUCCCUACAAAUGAAGAGAAGCAGCUUUGGAGUCGGCAGACUCUGCUCUCUGAUCUGUAACCUUUCAUC